AUGCCUCCUCCAAUUUUUGCUCCGAUAAUUGCUCAAAUUAAUGUAAGUUCUCUCACCAAGAAACCGGAUGACAUCCCUGAAGAUCUUUUGGUUCCUCUUUUAUUCGAGUUGGUAAUCGUUCAAACUAGCCUACAAAUCAUCUCCUCCAUCUUUUCCCAUGAAGAGCAAUCAGCUGACAAAGGAAAACGAAUUGCAACUGAUUCUGACAACCCUGUGAAGUCGUCGGAAAAGCCUAAGGGUUGGUUAAAGGAACAAUUACAGCAAGCACUGGAAGACAUUCAGAUUCAAGCACUCAAAGACAAUCCAAAUUCAAUGUUGAGAAUUUCUCCUCUCUUCAGAGAAUGGAUUCUUCUUGAUAUACAUUUUGUUCCCUUUAUGUAUUUCGAUUUUCCAAUAGAUGAUGCAGAUCAACUUGACAUACCAAUCUCUCCACAUAGACGUUACUACAUCAAGUUUGAUCUUCACUAUCUAUUCUAUGAAUGCACGAACCCAAACGGAAUUGCUCAUCUCCAAGAUCUCCAAACGAAUGAAACAAGCAUUGGAGCUUACAACUCCACCAUCAGCUUUCUCAAGGACUACAUUACUGGAUUUUGUAGAUCCAGUGUAGAGUUUGGUCAUCUCUUCGGAAUAGAGAAUCAUUUGGCUAAUAUCACCAUUGAGCUUCCUAGAACCUAG